AGUGAAUGACGAUAUAUAAACGUUAUCCGACGAAGUUUCCGUCUGAAUUAAAAUAACAUUUUCUGAGAUAGUUGUGUGUUAAAAAUAACAAUGGAAUUUCCCCACAUUGGAAAAAAUUGUUCUUACAAACCCUGCAAUAAACUAGAUUUUCUGCCUAUGAAAUGUGGAGCAUGUAAAGAAGUUUUUUGUUCUGAGCACUUUGCAUACGUGGAACACGAAUGUCCCGCCCCACAAACGCGAGACGUGCAAGUGCCCGUGUGCCCUCUGUGCGGCGUGCCGGUGCCGGGGCCGCGCGACGAGCCGCCGGACAUAGCCGUCAGUGCACACAUCGACAAUCAGUGCACCUCCGAUCCCGCCAUACAGCGGAGGAAAAAGGUGUUCACGAACCGGUGUUCUUACAAAGGCUGCAAGACGAAAGAAAUGGUGCCGCUCGUGUGCAGCGAGUGUACUCUCAAUUUCUGCCUGCGUCAUCGUCACGCCACCGACCACGCCUGCGAGGGGAAACUGGCUGCCAAGAGACGGCAGGCUGCUAACGCGGCUAUGGCACGUAUGAAGGCGUCUGAAAACAAGAUCACUCCUCCUCCAGUAGCCGUGACUACCUUCAGUGAAGUGCAAGGAAAUAUGACGGAGGACGAAGCGUUGGCGCACGCGUUAGCGCUCUCGCUCCAGGACCAGACCGCGGACCGUCACGCGCGCGACACCGCACUGGCGCGCGCGUUCGCACGACAACGCGUCGGCGGCGAACAGAACUCGCGAUGUAUACUGUCGUAGCGAACGUCACAUAUAUACGUGUACGUCACAUCUCGAGCUACGUCGCGAGUUUGAAGCAAUCGUUACAUUGAAAAAAGAUUUGUUUGCGAUCAAAAUAUUAAACUAAUAUUUAUUCUAUGAUUAAAAAAAACUUGUGAAUGAGGAAGUAUUUAAAAAAAAAAAACAUUUUCAAACUGAAUGUCAUUCGCUAUUCGCAGCACUAUUCAGUAAAAUUUGUCUAUGGUACGCGUUCCGAUUUCUUUUUUAUGAUUUAAAAAUAUUGAAUUGAUUUUCGUAAAUUAAUAAAUAGGUUAUCGUAAAAUUUUCACCGCGUUCCUUUUAAUAUACGAAUCUUGAAUAUUCAUAUCAAUUGAUUUUUGCUCUACGAAUUUCAGUAUUUAUUAUGAUGUUACGUGUAAAGAAACGAAUACAAUUGUGUUUGGUAUAUUUUGAUUACCGAACAUUUAACAAGUAUUUGUUUCUUAUCCGUUCAAAAAAUACUUCCUCAUAAAUAUUAAGAGCAAACAAAGUUACUUUAUAGAAAAACUCUCGCCUAAAAAAAAUUAAUACAUAUCUCGCCCAACUUUAGUUUAAUAACGUUUCCGUAAACAUACAGCUUCUACGGUCCACUUAUUCAAUUUUCAAAUGUAAUGUAUGCGACACGCUUUUGAUAAAAAGGCUGAGUUUCUUACAUUUAGCUUUGUUGUAAAAGUGGCACUAUUUAAUUACAUUUACAAUUUAAAUUACAUGUAUAUUUGAAAAUUGAAAGAAGGACCCUAAAAGAAAUUAUAAGCUGCUUUAAUAUUCAAGUUAAAAACUGAAAAUCAAGACUUAUUCCUGUAUAGAUGUAUGUAUAUUUUAUAACAAUAAUGAAGUUCAGAUCAAUUUCACAAUCAGAUUGCUAUCAAAAAUGGCUGCAUGAUAUCCUACAUUGUAAACACUAGGACACAUUAACUUACUACAAAACAUUAAAUAGAACUGUACCAGAAAUGUGAAAAUUUAUAAGUAUCGCAUAUCCUGAAUGCGUCCAAAAUCAUUCAACAAUCAAUAAUGUUUAUGUUAAGAUCUAUUGGUGUAUGUUAUUUUUUUUAUACAAAGAGAUAUUUAUACACUCUUGUCUGUAAUGGCGACUUCCCGCGCAAGUAAAAAGACUACCGCGUGGCUAUUACCCGCUUCGUCUCACCCCCGCACCUCGAUCCUAGAAUGUGCUACCGCGGUGUCGCCAUUUUGAUUCAACUUAAGUCAUAUUCAUUACACUUAUUGACGACUAUUCAACUAUGUUAUUUCCUAUUAAAGAAUACAUCGCAAGUAAUACGUACAUAUGAAUAUGUUGUUUGUGUUAUUAUUUGCACUACUAUUGCAUUGUUGCUUAAUUAUACUUUUUAGAUAGGAUGAAAUACUAUGAGAUAACAAAAGACAAAAUUUAAUCCUUAUUAAUGAUGAUUUUUAAAUAAACUAAUGUAUGAUCAGCUCUUCCUAUUCGGUUUGAUAUGGUUUGAUAGUUUUUAAUUGUUUAUGAAAUUAUUCAUAAAUAAUUAAAAACUAUUAUAUAUGUGAUGUAAUCUUGAGUUUUGGAUUAAUUUUUAUGUAUUAAAUGUACAUUAGUUAAUAAGGAUUAUAUUUUGUGCAUAUCUGGUUAUUAGGUAUAAUAAUAUAAGAUACAUUGUUUCUUUUCUAUUGCAAAAUAUCUAAGCAAAAAAGUGUAAUACGCAUGUGUGUUCCUAGCCUUACUUGUCACAUAAUGACAAUUUUAAGAUAGCAGAUGCGUUCAUUGUUUGUCUUUGAUUUGUCUGUCAUAUAAAAUUUCUAACAUCGGUAAUACUUAAGUUGUGUAAGUCCCUUUCAAGUGAAUAAAAUUGAACUUCAACAAAAUUCAAAAUUUAACUAGGGCUGUCACUAUCAACAUACAAAAAGCACACUUUAUAUAAUACUUAAACAUAAAACAAGCUGAGCGAAACACUGAAUUCUGGCGAAAACCAUAAGGGCAACGCCAUUAAUUAAAAAGAAGAAGAUAAAUGAUCUUAACAAGAUGAAAUUUUGAUCAAUAUAUACACAUGAAUGCUCAAAUUGUUUUUCGAUAUAAUCACUUUUCUUAAACCUCGAUUAUUUUUAUUAAAAUAUUGUGUUACUUUUGGAUCGCAAUGUCUCAAAGCUGUUGUUAUAUAUUUUUAAUGACAACGCCUUGCGUAGAAGAAUAAGGUCGUAAUUAUUUAUUCACAUUCCCAAUUUUUUUAAUGCGACACAAAGACAUUAAUAUAAUAUUGUAACUGUGUAAAAGGAUUAUGGAACUUGUUUAAUGUUUUUUACUGAUUAAGCAUGCUGUUUGCUAAAGAAAAAACUAAUAAGGGAAUCAAAGGGUAAAUGGUUAUCUAUAAUAUAUAAUCAUUAAUAUAAAGUUAAGCAAAGGAAUUGUAAAAUACGACACUUGGCUUUAUGCUGCGUUCACUAAUGUUAUUUGUCAAUGAUUAUUUCUUUACAAUUUUGCAUAAUUAAUAUUUUUGAGAUAAUUAUAAAUAUUAUAAAAUCACUACACUUAGUUUUAUUUUAUCAAACCAAUUGUUUUUAAUAAUUUAAUGUACGUAUGAAAAAGUGUACGAAAUUUAUACAAGAGGACCAAUACAUACAAACCUACAAACAAGGCGAAUGUUUAUUUAGUUUCAGUUAUUUAUUCUGUUGUUGCUUUUUAUCCCACUCCCAGUAGCUCCCUGGGGGUAAAAGCACUUUCAAGUCGCCGGCGAAGAGCUUGUAUUAUUAUAAAAAUCUUAACAUUCAUCACAUCACCAGCCCUUUUACGUCCCCACUGCAGGGACUCAGGCCUUCCUUAUGGAUGGUUAAGGAGGAUGGGCCAUGACCCUCCACGCUGGCCCAGUGCGGAUUGGAGGGUAUUAACGACUGCAAAUGCAGCCGGGAGCAGCUUAGCGUGCCUUCCGAAGCACGGAGUAGCUCGAGAUAAUAAUUUUUUGGUCACCCAUCCCGUGACCGACCCUUGCGAAAGUUGCUUAACGACAACGAUCGCGGGCCGCGGUGCUUAUCCACUACACCACCGAGCUACCUCAAUUAAUGUAAAAAUUUUACAUUAAUUGAGAACAAUUGUAUCAAGUACCAAGCUGGACUAGACCAACGAUUUUACGCUAACCAAUAGGCAAUACCGCUGUUAGCGUAAUCAUAGAAAGUCAAUAGAUAAUAUUGGACUUCAGGUUCAUAAUACAAUGCUAGAAUGCAAGUAGUUGAGAUGCUGUUGACUAUUUUCGAAAAUGUAUAUAUCUUCAAUACAAUUUAUGAAUGUCGAUGUGCCUGUUAGCUUGACGCUUAUUGAAGCGGCAAUUCCAAAGGAAUUCCAGAACAAUUGUGACUGAAAUGGUAAUUGUGGUGAUCCUGAACUGAACUGAACCAAACUAAAACAUAACCUCUUCAUAUUAAAUGAGAUGCUUGUAAUGAAUUUUAAAUUUUAUUCUGCUGCAAUAGAGUUUAAACGUAUUUUUAGUGAUGAGAAAUAUAAAAAAAUAUCAGAGUCCAAUAUGAAAAUAAUGAUGAAUUGUAUUUUGGGUUUACUUUCGUGCUGGUAAAAUAAAUGAAACUCACACUUUGAAACAAUUUAUUUAUUUGCCAACAGUACAUAAAAUAUAUCGUGUGAACUAUAAAAUACACAGUAAAUCUUGGCUUACAAAAUAUACAUAUAUGAUAUUUUCAAUCGCUGUAUUGCUUUUAACAUCGAUGACGAAAAUUAAGUAAAAGACUACAAAUUACUCAACAAGGCCUUAUUGUGAAGCGUUCGGAACUUGUGAUUGUCGUUGAGAUAUGACGUUAUAAACUCCGGCGGGUUCCUAGCGAGGAACAGUUCCAUGCACAUGUAUCGUGCCGCGGUGAGACGCUUGCGUUCAGCGUUUGAGCGGCAAAAGUUCUUGUGCGCGUGCGCAGCGAAGUUUGAGGCGGUCUUGUCGAUCAACUUCACUGUAACCCGCUCUUUUGGAUCGUCCUCGAGUGGUACCUGGCGGUUAUUACAGAAAAUUUUU